CCGGAAGUGACGUCCUCCCUGCGCGCCGGCGGAGAGAGGCUUCGAAGAUGGCGGCGCGCAAGGGGAGGCGGCGCACGUGUGGGACCGGGGAACCCAUGGAGGCCGAGUCCAGCGACGCAAGGACCGAAGGCCCGGCCCAGGUCUACUUGCCCGGGCGGGGACCGCCGCUCCGCGAAGGAGAGGAGCUGGUCAUGGACGAGGAGGCUUACGUGCUGUACCACCGAGCGCAGACUGGCGCCCCCUGUCUUAGCUUCGACAUAGUCCGGGAUCAUCUGGGAGACAGCCGGACAGAGCUUCCUCUUACACUUUACCUGUGCGCUGGGACCCAGGCGGAGAGCGCCCAGAGCAACAGACUGAUGAUGCUUCGGAUGCAUAAUCUGCAUGGGACAAAACCCCCGCCAUCGGAGGGCAGCGAUGAGGAGGAGGAGGAGGAGGAAGAUGAAGAGGAGGAAGAGGAGCGGAAGCCUCAGCUGGAGCUGGCUAUGGUGCCCCACUAUGGCGGCAUCAACCGAGUCCGGGUGUCCUGGCUGGGCGACGAGCCGGUGGCCGCUGUGUGGUCAGAAAAGGGCCAGGUGGAGGUGUUUGCACUGCGGCGGCUGCUGCAGGUGGUACAUGACCCACAGGCCCUGGCGACCUUCCUCCGGGACGAGCAGGCCCGGGUGAAGCCCAUCUUUGCCUUCGCUGGCCACAUGGGAGAGGGCUUUGCGCUGGACUGGUCCCCCCGUGUGUCUGGGCGCCUGCUGACUGGUGACUGUCAGAAGAACAUCCACCUCUGGACGCCUGUGGACGGCGGCUCCUGGCACGUGGACCAGCGGCCAUUCGUGGGCCACACGCGCUCUGUGGAGGACCUUCAGUGGUCCCCGACUGAGGACACGGUGUUCGCCUCCUGCUCAGCUGACGCCUCCAUUCGCAUCUGGGACAUCCGGGCCGCCCCCGGCAAGGCCUGCAUGCUCACCACCGCCACCGCCCACGACGGGGACGUCAACGUCAUCAGCUGGAGCCGCCGGGAGCCCUUCCUGCUUAGCGGCGGGGACGACGGGGCCCUCAAGAUCUGGGACCUGCGGCAGUUCAAGUCUGGCUCCCCAGUGGCCACCUUCAAGCAGCACGUGGCCCCCGUGACCUCUGUCGAGUGGCACCCCCAGGACAGCGGGGUCUUUGCAGCCUCGGGCGCGGACAACCAGAUCACGCAGUGGGACCUGGCCGUGGAACGGGACCCCGAGGCCGGCGACGCGGAGACGGACCCCGCGCUGGCGGACCUUCCCCAGCAGCUCCUGUUCGUGCACCAGGGGGAGACCGACCUGAAGGAGCUGCACUGGCACCCACAGUGCCCCGGGGUCCUGGUCAGCACCGCCCUGUCGGGCUUCACCGUCUUCCGCACCAUCAGCGUCUGAGGAGGCCCGCCGUGCCUUCGCCUGGGGACUGGGGUCGAAGUUGGUUCCGCUGGAAGGGACGCGUUCGGAUCGGUGCGCCAGCCCUCCUCCGAGAGAAGGACCCAGUUGGGCCCGUUGGCUGCCAUGAUGGAUUCCGUUUGACUCGCUGUUCUUGGAGAGGACUCGCUUUGGUCCCGUGACCCCUCUUGCCAAAGGCUGUGCUUUGAACCGUGACUCUCAAAAUAACCACUUGGUUUGCUCCGGUGACCCUUGGGGCAAAAGACUCGGUUUUGACUGGUGACCCCUCCCACCGGAAGACUUGGUUUCGCCCUGUGACCCCCUCCGUCCCCCACCUGUCGGAGGACUCUGGCCUGUUGCCCAGGUGAGCCUGGUGUGGCCUCCUGUUGCUGUGGACGCUGUAAGCCGCGGACCCGGUCUCAGCCGCGGGUCCCCCCCCCCACCCCGGGGGAGCUCAGGCACUUUACGAUGGGUGGGCCACAUCUGAGGGGUGGGUUCCUCUAGCAGAAUCCGGUCUGGCUCUUUGUUUUCCUGCCAUCAGAGUUCGGCCAGGACGUCCCAGCAGGGGACUGUGUGGGUCCUCCCUCCCUCCUGCAUCCGAGGCGGGCGCUAUGCAGGAAGGAAGGUCAGGGGCUCCUGAGGCAAUAAAGGACCAGAAUGAGACUCA